AUGGAAGCCAGAAAACGCACCAAGUGCCAUUCGAACUCUGGCACCGACGAUGCUGCGUGGCUAUUACGAGCGUUAGACAAGAAGAAAAAGAAGAAAAGCAAGAAUGCAGCGGAGACCAAUGCAGUCAGAACCUCGGAAACCGAAAAAUCGGCGAAGAAGACGCAGCAGAAAGUAGAAAAUGAGCGAAAAGUGGGCGUCAUUGGGCUCUCCAUGUCCGUGCAGGAACGUCAGCAGUUGUGGCGCAAUGGGUCGGCCAAGAAGCCUCUGGAUGAAGCUGCAGAGCGGACCAAACAGCAGGAACGAGAACGCCAGGAAACAGGCUUUGCCGGGUCUUCGGCAAGGAUCAACAUCCUUGGCGCUGCUAAGGCGUCCUCUCUGGGACUCUCUACUACGACAGCGUCGUUGAUGGCUACCAAUGACGGCAACGCGAAGGAAACUACAGAAACAGGGAAACGCAGAGCUCCAGACGACGUAGAAGAAAACUCUUGGGGCUUUGCUUCGACUGAGAACAGUGCACUAAGUCUCGAUGACUUUGACGCUGAAGAAGACAGUGACAAUGAAUGUCUGGAGGCGUUGGACAAGGCGGAGAAGGCGCAUGAGCUCACUAAUCAGGCAACUGACUCGAAGUCCCCUAAGCAGGGAUUGGAACCCCCGAGAUGUCAUCAUGCGCUGGUCUGUCAGAGCUUAAAAGUCAAGAAGAAGAACAAGAACCACGGUCGCAGAUUCUUUGCCUGUCCGCUGAGUUUCGACGAAGGUCGCUGCGAUUUCUUCCUCUGGGAAGACGACCACGUCCCGCUGGCGCUACAGACUCUCUUCACGGCGUCUUCUUCGACUCGGUUCAGUGAGUCAGCAGCUGAAGCAGAAGCUAUUGAGUGCGUGCCCUUAGACAUCGAGGCUUCCGAAGAAGAGCAGAGACGAGCGAUGCUCACGAACUUGCGUCUGGUGUUCGGCCACGCCGAGUUCCGCUCUGGUCAGCAGUGGGCUAUCUCGCGAGUGCUACGUCGGAAAGACACGCUACUGGUGCUGCCGACAGGUGCCGGUAAGUCUCUGUGCUACCAGUUCCCGGCACUCUUCCUCCCUGGCAUUACACUCGUCAUCUCUCCGUUGAUCGCGCUGAUGAACGACCAAUACGAGAGUCUCCCUGCUGCGCUGAAGGCGCGUGCUGUGUGUCUCUCGGGCUCGUCCGACGCUACUUCCAAGGCGAAGCAUGCGGCCUUUGUGCGUGAUCUACUGGUAGACAAACUCUCCCUCAUCUUCCUGUCGCCGGAGAAGGCUCUGGGCGCAGGAAUGCAGGCACUGCUGGCCCUGCCUCGAGUUCGAGCGCGUCUGGCUCUGGUUUGCGUCGACGAGGCUCAUUGUGUAUCCGAGUGGUCUCAUCAUUUUCGACCGAGUUAUCUGCGGCUAGCAGAGGUCUUCCGCCACGCUCAGUGCGUUCUCUGCGUGACUGCCACUGCCUCCAGACGCGUCGUACAUGAUGUUCUGCGUCAACUACGUUCACGUCGUCAAUAUCAAGUCGAAAGCCCUGAAAACGAAGACGAGAUGGUGCUCCAGAUGCCGUGGCAACGCAGAAACUUGGCGCUGGAGGUUCGAUCUGUGCGCUCGAACGAGGAGAGACUGCGACAUCUCGUGCACAUUCUCCCCGAACUCAGCAGAGGCUCCAAAGGCGGUGGCGGUGUCAUCGUGUACGUCCACCAGCAACGACAAACCGAGGAGUUGGCAGCUCUACUUCGAGAACAGCUGCCGUCUACGUGGCGGAGUUCGGGCAAAGUGCUGGCGUUCCAUGCCGGCAUGGCGUCUGACGCCAAGGAGAAGGUCCGCACUGGCUUCGCGAGAGGACGCGUGCGUGUGGUGGUGGCCACGGUGGCGUUCGGCAUGGGGCAUCGACAAGAAGAAUACUUUCACUUGCACGAGACAGCGCAGUGGUACGCGCGUGUUGGCGGCAAGAAAGAAGGCUCGGUGUAA